AUGCCAAAGACAAAAUCCAUCCUCCUAAUCAAUGGCCCAAAUCUCAAUCUUCUCGGCACGCGCGAACCCGCAAUCUAUGGAUCCACCACCCUCUCAGACGUAAUCUCCUCCGCCACAGAACAAUGUGCCAAGCUCUCUAUACAAUUCUCACAUUCUCAAUCAAAUCAUGAAGGCGUGUUAGUAGACCGUAUACAUGAAGGGCGUGGAAAUGUCGACUUUAUCGUGAUCAACCCUGGAGCUUUCACGCACACGAGCGUGGCACUGCGGGAUGCUUUGAGCGGUGUGGAUAUACCGUUUGUCGAGGUUCAUAUCAGCAACAUUCACAAAAGAGAAGCUUUCAGACAUCAUAGUUACCUGAGUGAUAAGGCUGAGGCGGUGAUAUGUGGACUCGGUGUAUUUGGAUACGAGGCAGCUAUUGAAUAUGCUGCCAGGUUCCUCGAGAAAAAGGAGGAAGACGAUGAAAAAUCAAGGCUUUAG